AUGGUUAUGCUUCCAUCUUUGCUGACAGGUCUGGCACUGCUUCGCCCUGCCGUGGGUGGCCAGGUCUACUUUCGACAAGACGGCAGCGGUGGCGAUGCGUAUCAGCAUUCGCCAGAGGUUCUCCCGUCGCCACCAAUCAGUGGUCAAAAUGAAUGGGCGGAUGCUUUUGCCCGGGCCAAGGCCUUGGUCGACCAGAUGACGCUCGAAGAAAAAGUCAGCUUGACUGGGGGCGUCGACCUCAAGUCGGGCUGCUCCGGCACCAUCCCCGGCAUCCCGCGGCUCGAGUUCCCGGGCAUGUGCCUGAACGAUGCCGGCAAUGGCGUCCGCGCGACCGACAAUGUCAGCGGCUUCACCAGCGGCAUCGGCGUCGGCGCGAGCUGGAACAAGGACCUUGCGCGUAAGCGCGGCAUCGCCCUCGGCGGCGAAAACAGACGCAAGGGCGUCAACGUCAUGCUCGGACCCGUCGUCGGCCCUGCGUGGACCGUCGUCAAGGGCGGUCGUAACUGGGAGGGCUCGUCGGCCGAUCCGUACCUCUCGGGCGUCUUGGCGGCCGAGACUGUCCAGGGCGUGCAGAGCCAGAACGUGAUUACCAGCGUCAAGCAUUACAUUGGUAAUGAGCAGGAGCUCUACCGCUCGCUGGACGGAAAUGUCCAAGCCGUCUCCUCGAAUAUUGAUGACAAGACGAUGCACGAGCUCUAUCUCUGGCCGUUUGUUGAUUUGGUCAAGGCUGGUGCGGCCAACGUCAUGUGCUCUUACAACCGCCUCAACCAGACGUAUGCGUGUGGGAACAGCAAGACGCUCAACGGGAUCCUCAAGACCGAGCUCGGCUUUCAGGGCUUUGUCGUGUCGGACUGGGGAGCGCAGCACGCGUUCAGCGAUGCCCCCAACGGACUGGACAUGGGCAUGCCCAACUCGGAGCCCUUCUGGGGCGCCAAUCUCGUCAACGCUGUCAAGAACGGAACGCUUCCCGAGUCGCGCGUGACCGACAUGGCCAUGAGAAUCAUUGCUUCGUGGUACCAGCUGAAGCAGGACGACCCCAGCUUCCCCCCGCCCGGCGUCGGCAUGCCCGGCAACCUCACCGUGCCGCACCGCGUCGUCGAGGGCCGCGACCCGGCCGACAUGCCCGUCAUCCUCCAGGGCGCCGUCGAGAGCCACGUGCUCGUCAAAAACACCAAGGACACGCUGCCGCUGCGGUCCCCCAGGACGGUGUCCAUCUUUGGCUACUCGGCUAGCACGCCGCCCGGCUGGACCGCCGAGACGGACGCCGACGGCACCUGGCGCUUCGGCCUCGCGCCCGUCUUCCAGCUCGACCCGGCCACGAGCCCCAUCGGCAGCCGCGGCACCAUGUUUGGCGGCGGCGGCUCCGGCGCCAUCACGCCCCAGACGCACGUCUCCCCGCAGGACGCCUUUGUCGCCCGGGCCGCCAAGGACGGCUUCACGCUCCGCCAGGACCUCGCCUCUGCGCAGCCCGCGGCUGUAGAUCCCGCGUCGGACGUCUGCGUCGUGUUUGGCAAUGCCUGGGCGCGCGAGGGCAACGACCGCCCGCAGCUCGACGACGCGUACACGGACGCCCUCGUCAACUCCGUCGCGGACCGCUGCGCCAGGACCGUCGUGGUCCUGCACAACGCGGGCCCGCGCCUCGUCGGCGGCUUCGCCGACCACCCCAACGUCACGGCCGUCAUCUUUGCGCACCUCCCCGGGCAGCAGGCGGGCGACGCGCUCGUGUCGCUGCUCUGGGGCGAGGCCAACCCCUCCGGCAAGCUGCCCUACACCGUGGCCAAGACGGCCGCCGACUACGGCCCGCUGCUGGACCCCCAGGCCAGCCCCGGGAGCGCGUCGCCGCAGGCGUACUUCCCGCAGGGCGUCUACACCGACUACAAGUACUUUGAAAAGGCGCACGUGGAGCCGCGGUACGAGUUUGGCUUUGGCCUCAGCUACACGCGCUUCGACUACUCCGGCAUUGUGCUCGCGGUGCCGCCCAUGCAGCCGGCGGAAUAUCCGACCGGCGCGGUGGCGAGCGGUGGGCAGGCCGAUCUGUGGGAUGUGGUCGCGACGGUCAAGUGCCAGCUGGUGAAUGGCGGCAAGGUGGCGGGCGCGGAGGCGGCGCAGCUGUACGUGCGCUUCCCGGGCAUGCAUGCCAAGCAGCUGCGCGGGUUCGAGAAGCCGAUGUUGCAGCCGGGCGAGGCGACCGAGGUGGUGUUUGAGCUGACGAGGCGGGACCUGAGCGUGUGGAACACGGAGAUGCAGAAGUGGCAGCUGCAGAGGGGCAGUUAUGAGGUUUAUAUUGGUCGUAGUAGUAGCAAGCUGCCUCUCAAGACAUAUCUGACCAUAUAG